CAGAUGAUAUUAACCGUUUUCUUGAGCAACAAUGAACAGAUUUUAACAGAAGUUCCUAUAACACCAGAAACAACCUGUCGAGAUGUUGUAGAAUUUUGCAAGGAACCUGGAGAAGGCAGCUGCCAUUUAGCUGAAGUAUGGAGGGGAAAUGAACGUCCCAUACCCUUCGAUCAUAUGAUGUACGAACAUCUUCAGAAAUGGGGUCCACGGAGGGAAGAAGUGAAAUUUUUCCUUCGACACGAGGACUCUCCAACUGAGAACAGUGAACAAGGUGGCCGUCAGACCCAAGAGCAACGAACUCAGAGAAAUGUAACAAAUGUACCUGGAGAAAAACGCACUGAAAAUGGGGUUGGGAAUCCACGUGUUGAACUUACCCUCUCAGAGCUCCAAGAUAUGGCAGCUAGGCAACAGCAGCAGAUUGAAAAUCAGCAGCAGAUGUUGGUUGCCAAGGAACAGCGUUUACAUUUUCUAAAGCAACAGGAGCGCCGUCAGCAGCAGUCUAUUUCUGAAAAUGAGAAGCUUCAGAAAUUGAAAGAACGAGUUGAAGCCCAGGAGAACAAGCUGAAGAAAAUUCGUGCCAUGAGAGGACAAGUCGACUACAGCAAAAUCAUGAACGGCAAUCUGUCUGCUGAAAUAGAAAGGUUCAGUGCCAUGUUCCAGGAAAAGAAGCAGGAAGUACAGACUGCAAUUUUAAGGGUUGAUCAGCUUAGUCAGCAGUUGGAAGAUUUAAAGAAAGGAAAACUGAAUGGGUUCCAGUCUUAUAAUGGCAAAUUGACAGGACCAGCAGCGGUGGAGCUAAAAAGACUGUACCAAGAACUACAGAUUCGUAACCAGCUUAACCAGGAACAAAAUUCAAAACUUCAGCAGCAGAAGGAACUCUUAAAUAAGCGCAACAUGGAGGUGGCCAUGAUGGACAAGCGAAUCAGUGAACUGCGUGAACGUCUCUAUGGGAAAAAAAUUCAGCUGAACCGUGUGAAUGGCACGUCGUCACCACAGUCACCUCUGAGCACAUCCGGCAGGGUCGCUGCUGUGGGGCCUUAUAUCCAGGUUCCCAGUGCCGGAAGCUUUCCUGUCCUGGGGGACCCCAUAAAGCCCCAAUCUCUCAGUAUUGCCUCAAAUGCUGCUCAUGGAAGAUCCAAAUCCGCUAAUGAUGGAAACUGGCCAACAUUAAAACAGAAUUCUAGCUCUUCAGUGAAACCAGUGCAGGUGGCUGGUGCAGACUGGAAGGAUCCGAGCGUGGAGGGGUCUGUCAAGCAGGGCACCGUCUCCAGCCAGCCUGUGCCCUUCUCAGCACUGGGAUCCGCGGAGAAGCCGGGCGCCGAGAUGGGUAAAGUGCCACCUCCCAUCCCGGGUGGAGGCAAACAGCUGCCUCCAAGCUAUGGGACAUACCCAAGUCCCACACCUCUGGGUCCUGGGUCGACAAGCUCCCUGGAAAGGAGGAAGGAAGGCAGCCUGCCCAGGCCCAAUGCAGGCCUGCCAAGUCGACAGAGGCCCACCCUGCUGCCCCCCACAGGCAGUGCCCCCCAGCCAGGCUCUUCACAACAGAUUCAGCAGAGGAUUUCUGUACCGCCAAGUCCCACGUACCCGCCAGCGGGACCACCUGCAUUUCCAGCUGGGGACAGCAAGCCUGAACUCCCACUGACAGUGGCCAUUAGGCCCUUCCUGGCCGAUAAAGGAUCAAGGCCACAGUCUCCCAGGAAAGGACCCCAGACAGUGAAUUCAAGUUCCAUAUACUCCAUGUACCUCCAGCAAGCCACACCACCUAAGAAUUACCAGCCGGGAGCACACAGCGCCUUAAAUAAGUCAGUUAAAGCAGUGUAUGGUAAGCCUGUUUUACCUUCGGGUUCAACAUCUCCAUCGCCGCUGCCGUUUCUUCACGGGUCACUGUCCACGGGCACACCACAGCCUCAGCCACCCUCAGAAAGUGCUGAGAAAGAGCCCGAGCAGGACGGCCCCGCCGCCCCCACAGAUGGCAGCACCGUGGAGAGCCUGCCACGGCCACUCAGCCCCACCAAGCUCACGCCCAUCGUGCAUUCGCCACUGCGCUACCAGAGUGACGCGGACCUGGAGGCCCUCCGCCGGAAGCUGGCCAAUGCGCCCCGGCCCCUGAAGAAGCGCAGCUCCAUCACAGAGCCCGAAGGCCCCGGCGGGCCCAACAUCCAGAAGCUGCUGUACCAGCGCUUCAACACCCUGGCCGGCGGCAUGGAGGGCACCCCUUUCUACCAGCCCAGCCCCUCCCAGGACUUCAUGGGCACCUUGGCCGAUGUGGACAAUGGAAACACCAAUGCCAAUGGAAACCUGGAAGAGCCCCCCCCUGCCCAGCCUACAGCCCCACUCCCCGCCGAGCCUGCCCCGUCGUCAGAUGCCAAUGAUAAUGAGUUACCUUCCCCCGAACCAGAGGAGCUCAUCUGUCCGCAAACCACCUACCAAACUGCCGAGCCGGCGGAGGACAAUAACAACAAUGUGGCCACGGUCCCCUCCACGGAGCAGAUCCCAAGUCCUGUGGUCGAGGCCCCAUCUCCAGGGGAAGAGCAGGUCCCUCCAGCACCUCUUCCCCCUGCCAGCCACCCUCCUGCCACCUCCACGAGCAAACGGACCAACUUGAAGAAGCCCAACUCGGAGCGGACAGGGCAUGGGCUGAGAGUCCGGUUUAACCCCCUGGCACUGCUUCUAGACGCAUCUCUGGAAGGAGAGUUCGAUCUGGUGCAGAGGAUCAUCUACGAGGUGGAAGAUCCCAGCAAGCCCAAUGAUGAAGGGAUCACCCCACUGCACAACGCCGUCUGCGCUGGCCACCAUCACAUCGUGAAGUUCCUGUUGGACUUUGGCGUCAACGUGAAUGCUGCUGAUAGUGAUGGAUGGACGCCGCUGCACUGCGCUGCCUCUUGUAACAGCGUUCACCUCUGCAAACAGCUGGUGGAGAGUGGUGCCGCCAUUUUUGCCUCAACCAUAAGCGACAUUGAAACUGCUGCAGACAAGUGUGAGGAGAUGGAGGAAGGCUACAUCCAGUGCUCCCAGUUUCUAUACGGGGUGCAGGAAAAGCUGGGUGUGAUGAACAAAGGUGUGGUGUAUGCUCUGUGGGACUACGAGGCCCAGAACAGUGAUGAGCUGUCCUUCCACGAAGGGGACGCCCUCACCAUCCUGAGGCGCAAGGACGAAAGCGAGACUGAGUGGUGGUGGGCUCGCCUUGGAGACCGGGAGGGCUAUGUGCCCAAAAACCUGCUGGGGCUGUAUCCACGGAUCAAACCCCGACAGCGAACGCUCGCCUGAACUUCCUUUUGGAGCACCGCAUGGUCUUGCCAGCUACCAGGAGCCACUGAAGAGAUUAUUGUGCCGUUUUCCCAGGAAAGCUGAAGCUAGAAAAUGGUCUUAAUGGUGCUCACUUCAGCAGACAGCGUCCACAAUGUGAAUCCUAGUUUCCAGGUGAGGCCCUUUCUCCAGUUUGCCCAUAACUGGGAGAGGUACUUUCGCCUCCAAGGACUGAAUUUUGCCAAUUACUAUAAAUCCAAAUAAAUACCCGCUUUCAAAACACCCACCCCUCUUGCCAUUAAGAAGGUCCCAUAACCCCUGGUUGGUUGCCAGUGAAGACAGCUCUUACUGACUUGGCCCCGAGGCCAUCACCCCCUCCAGCAGUGAACACUGUCCGUGGCUGUGAGGCCUGCUCCCCUGCGACAGCCCUGCCUCCUGUCACCGCAUCGGACACUCAUCCUUUCUCACACUCCCCACACACGAUCCUUCUUCCUCCCUUCAUCACCAAAGGAGCCUCUGUAUGGAAACGUGUCCAGUGUUGCUGCCCGACGUGUAUGCCUCCCAGCAGCCACCCUGCCUGGCCGCCUUGGGGGUUCUGCUUCCUGUUCCAGUUCACCUAAAGGCUGAUUGUGCAGGCCCAGCACUGUGGCUGGACUGCCACGCCACGGGCACCAGGACCCCUAAGACCAAGUGACAAUCGGAAGAGCCUCAGCGUAUACUCUUCUGUGAUUUUACAGCCUCUCAUGCUGCUCAGUGUGGUUCUCAGCCCUGCAAGCUCAAAUUCAGUUCUCUGAAUGGAGUCAGGUGUUGGAGGCCGUGGCAGCGGAGGGUAGUCAGGGUUGGGGCUGGGGGUGGACUGGCGUGAGGGCAGACCAGGGCCAGGUAGAUGGGGCUGUUUGGUGUCUGAAGGAUGGCAGGUGCCUGGCAUCAGGAGGGGCCGCCACCAAGGGGCAGCAGCUGGGGCAGAGGAGAUGGGGUCAGGGGCCACCCCCCUCUGCUGAUCUCCCUGCCUGGGCUGGCUGUGAGGACACCACCUUUGUCCCAGGCCCAGCCUCGAGGCGAGGAGGACGCUUCACUGCGGUGUGAAUUGUACGUACAGGCUUUUUAUAUACCAAAAGUAUUUUUUGACUAGACCAUUCAAAGCUACCCGAACUAUGUUGGAAAUUUUUUUUCUCAUUAAAAUACAGGCCCUUAGGCUCUAUUUUUCAUGUAUGAGUCUUGUGUGUAAUUUAUGUAUAAAUGUGUGUAUAGAGUCACUGAUGCAGCACUGUAGCCCAUCACCCUGGAGCAUUGACUGUACAUAGUGUGGUGAAGAAAACUGAAUGCCAUUGUAGAGCAGCCCGGCCACAGGAGCGUGGCCACUGCCACCCGACGCUGCUGACGCUGUGUAAAUGUGCACAAUAAACCCGUCUCACCCUGGC